AUGGGAAGUGGGUCUCUUUUGAUGGUAGUAGCGUUUUUUUAUAAUCUUGGCAUUGCCCCGGUCGUUUUUUGUUUAGUUUCCGAAAUACCAUCUUCAAGGCUAAGAACAAAAACGAUUAUUCUGGCACGUAAUACUUAUAAUGUGGUCAGUAUCGCAUGCAGCGUUCUAAUACUAUAUCAAUUGAACUCUAAAAAGUGGAACUGGGGCGCCAAGUCCGGAUUUUUCUGGGGCACGUUAUGCUUUUGUACUUUAAUAUGGGCUGUAAUUGAUUUACCGGAAACUGCGGGGAAGACCUUCGUUGAGAUAAAUGAGCUGUUCAAGCUUGGAGUUCCAGCAAGAAAAUUUAAAUCAGCAAAAGUCGACCCAUUUUCAGUCAAAUCCACCUCAGAAGAUGUCAUUCAUGGAAAUCUCAAAGAACAUAUGGAAACUUCCAUUGUAGACGAAGGACAAAGUACCCCAUCACUUAUCAAUAAAUGA